AUGGAAGCGACAAGCGUGAAGAUCCAAAAUAAGCGUAUUGCCAAGGAAGUGAGACUGCUAAAAAAUCUCCCUAAGGAGAUGCUUUUUGGAAAGAUCGAAAAGACUUAUGGAGUAGUAAUACGAAUUGAAAUCCAGUCCUCUCUCAUAAAAUCAGAGUUGCUCAACCCUGACAUUGAGAAGCUCUAUUUUGAGAUUUUACUGACUGAGAGAUUCCCUCUGCAAGCUCCCCAAGUGUAUUGUAAGACCAAAAUUGGGUACCCUACUAUCGAUGAUAAGAGGGAUAUCUUGGAGGAAAUCAUUCAUAAAGAAUGGAGCAAUAAUAUGACCAUUUUUGAGACAAUAGAACUCAUCCCCCAAUUCGUUGCAGACCUCUUGCUCCAAAUGCAGCAGGAGGAUGAAAUUAAAUCCAUCGGCAAGUGGCAUCUCGGACAGUCUUAUCCCCUCAAGGAUAUGGGAAUUGGCUUGUUUGCAGUUAGAGAAGAAACAGAGACGCUGGAUGGUUUUCAAUACAAUGAUCGUUAUAUAGCAGUGUAUGAAAACUCUUUCUUCCUGUUUGAACCUGACCGAAAACACAAAGGUAUGGCAAAGCUACUCACAGUUGCCACUCUCUGAUCACUCGAGAAGAUCGUCCGGAACCUGGACAUGCCAGAGUAUGUCACCUUUAUCUGGAGAAAGAUGGAAGACCAGAGAUACCAAUGGGUACUGAAGGUUGAAAUCCAGAACUAUGUUGAGUGAAUAAACCUGAUCGUGAAAUACCUCAAACUUCUUGAAAUUUCUGUACAGAAGAAGUACAUGAAAAAGCGCAAAAUCCUUGCUUCAGAGGUCAACGACAAAGCCAUCAAGAAGACCAAUGAGUCUGUCCUCCUGCAGCAGGUUGAAGAGGCUGAGAAAGCCAUCGAAGAGCAGAUAAAUAAUAAAAGUGUGAAAAAUUUGAUGGAUUCCUACCAAAAGGCAAUUGAGUAUUACUCAGCACUUGACAACAAAUGCUUUGAAGAUUUCCUCAAUAGAAUGACAAAUCUGUUCAAAAGGGAAGAAAUUCAGAAAGCUCUCUCCCAGCCUGAGGAGGAGGAGGAAAAAGUUGAAGAAGUGCCAUCCAAGAAUGCAUCAGGCCCUACUAGCGAUACACAGGGGUCUGAUACUUCUACUGAUGCAUUGAAGCAGGAGGAUGUACAACCUGAGCAGCCUAUUGUAGAAGCUGAUGAUCCUAAGAAGUAAAUCUUCUGUAUCACAUUAGUAACUAAUUUAUAUACUCAACA